AUGAUUCAGGCCAAGCAGUCAUAUACGUUCAGCUCUCUUUUGAGGUUGGGCGAAGUAGAGAGUUGCCUAAGAGAUAUGCAGAGGUCGCGCGACGAAGUGAUGGAGAACAUUGAACAGGUUCUAAAGUGCGAGGAGCAAAAACUGGUUAUGCAACGUGAAAGAAGUACGGCCGCUUUACGGCUGAGCAGAUAUGAAAAGCAGAUUGAAAAGGAAACGAAAGAAUUAGAACAAGACCACAGACGUAUAGACGAACUUCGUGAGAAUCUACGGACCCGUGCGGCUGCUAUGGAAGAGGCGAGAAAAAGAUAUCAUACUGGAAAUGAAUAUUUGGAGGAAAGCUUAAGAAAAUUGGAACGAGAUCGCGAGGCCUUAUCAGCUACUUCGUCGAGACUUUGUGAUCGUCAGAGGGAGUUGAUUGCUGAUCUGCUCAGCAUAUAUCCAAUUGAGCCGGCGGAACCAGGGACACUUGUGUUCACUAUCAGAGAUUAUUCGCUUCCUAAUUCUGCGUUUCAUGGAUUCGAUGAUGAGCGUAUAGCCACGGCGCUCGGUUUUACAUGUCAUCUGGUCCGUAUGAUUGCAUAUUAUCUCGAAAUUCCUCUGCGUUUCCCGAUAACGCCCAUGUCUUCUCGGUCAUCCAUAAGAGAUCCAAUUUCAGCAUCAAUACCGGCCCCCAGACAGGGUUACAUCAGUGGACAUAUGGCGGUUGUUGCUCCUCUACUGUAUCUAGUAGAUUGGCUCUACGUUGAUUUCUAUGAGGGUGGAGAGAUACGUCUUGUCGACAACAAUCAACUUGGAGCCCUGUUUCCGUUAUUUGCUAGAGGGGUCGAUCGUUAUCGAUUUGAGUAUGGUGUUUUCCUUUUAAACAAGAAUAUUGAGCAGUUAAUGAAUUCUCAAGGACUGCUUGUUAUGGACCUUCGACAUACUCUGCCCAAUCUGAAAUAUCUCAUUUUGGCGUUGAUAUCAACGUCGAAUCAACAGAUCUCUCAUUUUCGUAAAUUUAUUCCACAUAUUUGUACCAUGCCAAAUCAUACUUCUUACGAGGAAAACAACAGCAGUCGCUCUAGUCUCGACGAUCAUAGUGGAGCCUCGAAGAGGUCACUGGCAAUUCCUAUUCCCAAGUCUUCUGCAUCCGAGGCUCAUAGACCACGCACUGGGUUUGGAGUUGGAGUUACAUAA